AUGAGAUACCUGUACUAUAUCGGAUACUUUCUACUCAAAUGCACUUUUGCUGUGCAAAUUGGAUGCCUCCAGAAUGUAUCAUUUUCGGGUAUUUCGUCGGGUAUAUGGUUGAACAAUUCAAUCGAUUGCAAUAAUUGUAUAUGCUAUAUGUUGAAAACCAAUUCAUCAGCUUUGAAUUGUUAUCUAAAUACGAUGAAUAUCACGAACUGUCUAUUAUUCAGAAAUUAUUCGACUGUCUCUGGCGGAGUUCAAGUCGUUGCGACAUCAAACAGCUCUUUAGCUUGUUUUACAGAAUUUCCACCAACAUCGGUCGACACUACCACUUCUUUACCGACUACUACACAAGCAGCAACUACUGUCGGGUCGGUGUGUGCUGGGUACGUAAAAUCCACUGUUCUUCUACAACUUUACAAUGCCGCGAAUCAAUCAUAUAUUCAAUAUUUAUACACAUAUCAAGCGACAAGUGCAAUAACAACACUGAUGUUUUGCUUUCAGAAUCAGCAAUACUUCUGGGCGUUAGAUAGCGUCUCCAUGAAGGAUUUCCAGAAUUCUACGGAAUUAAUAAGAAAUGGAGGAUUUGAGACAGGUGGUUGGGAUUAUUGGACAUAUUACUGUAGUAAAUAUGACGGAAGUGGUAUGAGGAAGAGUUAUCUUUCAUGUUCACCAAAAGCGGGAAGCUGGUUUUAUCUCGACAUUCAGUAUAGCGCAGGGGAUGGAAUAUACCAAAAUGUAACUACAGUCAUAGGCAGGAAUUAUACGAUCAGUUUUUAUUUAGCCAAUCCUUUGGGUGGUAAUGUGUCCGUGGCUAUAGUUUCUGUUGGGCCGUAA